AUGAGCCUCGAAGCUGGAGCCCUCGGGUCCAUGUCCCCCGAGAGCUCUGGACGCAAUUCACCAGUCCCGCGACAAUGGAGGAAUCAGCUCAGCGCGGAGGAUGCUCCGAUCAAGGACAAGGCAUACCGAAAAUACGCCCUCGGAGUUGAGCGGGCGCUUAUGCUCUUCGAAACCGCACUCCAAGAGUGGGCAGAUUACAUCUCCUUCCUUAGCAGACUGCUCAAAGCACUGCAAGCACGGCAGCCCAGUAUCACCACCAUUCCCUCCAAAGGCCUCGUCGCAAAACGACUAUCACAGUGUCUCAACCCCUCACUGCCGUCCGGUGUACACCAGAAAGCGUUAGAAGUAUACAGCCACGUCUUCUCCGUCAUUGGAAAAGAUGGCUUGUCCAAAGACCUUCCGCUCUACCUGCCAGGUCUUGCUUCGACACUCUCAUUCGCCUCCUUGACGGUACGCGCGCCCUUUCUCGAGCUCCUAGAGAAGUACUUUUUGAAGCUCGACCGACGAGCCCUACGCCCUGCUAUAAAAUCCGUCAUCCUUGGAUUAUUGCCGGGAUUGGAAGAUGAAACAAGCGAGGACUUCGACAGGACCUUGAAGCUGCUGGAGAGCUUCAAAAUCGCCAUACGAGCACCAGAAAGCAGAGAAUUGACAUCGACACAUGCAAACGGGGACGAGUUCUUCUGGCAAUGUUUCUUUUUGGCCUCCAUCACGAGUCAAAGUCGGCGGCCAGGUGCUCUUGCGUAUCUUGUCCGAAGCCUGCCAAAGUUGGGGCAAAGCCAGCCACAAGCCGACAAUUCAGCAGAAGAUGAGCUGUCGGACGAGCUGUCAAGCCUGGUAACGUCCCCGGAGCCUGGAUUGCUUUUACGUUGCUUCGCUGCUGGGUUGGCUGAUGAACAACUUUUGAUUCAACGCGGCUUUCUGGAUUUGCUUGUCACACAUUUACCACUGGACUCCAAAGUCAUCCAGAAACGAGUCAAAGCCGAAGAUUUGGAGCUCCUUCUUAAAGCUGCAGUUGGCGUAGUCACGCGGAGAGAUAUGAGUUUGAACCGCAGACUGUGGGCAUGGUUUUUGGGGCCUGAACCUUCAGGCCACGACAACGAAACCGAGCCCGAGUCCCCGAGUUCGCCAUCCGAGAAUCACCAUGGCUACCUUGCUUCAAGGACGACGUACUUCGAGGACUACGGUCUGCAGGCAUUGACGCAGGCACUGUUAUCGAUGAUCAGAACAGCCUCUGACACAAACCCGACAGAGAGGGCACGUCCAUACCGAAUAUGUCUUUCCCUUAUGGACAGAUGGGAGAUAGGUGGUCUCGUAGUCCCAGAAAUAUUUCUGCCCAUUGUCGAAAGUGUGAGGGACUUUAAAGGCCGUGCUAUCGGCAAAGCCGAGUUCAAUGAGGUUCUUCGCAGUGCCAGCGUAUUCUUUGACGGUGUCGAGAGCGGACUCAUCUAUGGUGAGCUGGUUAGUCUGGUUGCGCAAGCUGUUGGUCCAGGCAACUCAUCCUAUACCCAACGCGUUGAUAAAAUAGGCCUUGUGCACUUCGUCAUGGGCCAUUUCAACAUUCGAGAAGAAGAGAUGAUCACCAUACACGCGCCUCUGGCAGCGCUUUCCAUCUUAGCAAUGCUAGAAGACUCUAAGAUUCGAGGUCAUCAGAUACCAACCAGUACUGCCCAGGGCGAUGCUACCCUUUCCGAUCAGGCACUGAAUGUGGCCCUCGGCCUGAUAGACCUGGUUCCGGAACGCGCAUUUCCCACAAAGGUUGCGAGCAAAGACUCGGCCAGCGCUCUGGACAGUCAUCCCGUUGCUUCAGUAUCGAAUAGUGACCUGCUUAAAAAGAUCAAGAAUUUCUAUGUCAGUGAUCAAGGCAAUCUCGAAGCCGCACCGCUGCCCUUCUCUGCUCGGAAUGUAGGCGAUCUCCUGCUCAGGAAAGCUUGCAAUCUCGUUUGCGAUAGCUUGGUUGCGAAGGAGGCUUCACAAGACUUGACUAUCAGAGCCCGGCUUCUGGCGCUGCUCUUGGCUAAAGUGCCUGACGAGUAUCACUUGGAGACAGAAAGACUGAUAUCUGACAUGCAAUCGAGCCUUUCCACACUCGGGUUGCCUUUCAAAUACUUCAAAGCAAUGCUCUCAUUGUCUACACAGCUAUAUGGCAGCUCGAGAAUACAGCCAUUCUCCCUUUCAAAUCUAGUUGAGCCAUUGGUAGGCCAUGCUUGGGGCUUCUUGUCACUUUCUGAGCCUAAAUAUCACGUUGAAACGGUAAAAUGUCUCUGGCAGCUACAAUCUGCACUCGGCCCUCAAAGUCGAGAUAUCGAGAGUGCCAUUGCAGCUCUGAUGAUGAAAAAUGACACAACUGGAAGUUUUCCCAUCCGACCAGCAGAUACUGGACGAAGUUUCGGCAUUCUUUGGUCCCAUACUCUUCAGGAAGGAAAUACUGACCGACGAGCUCCGAAGACGCCAAUGGGAGAAGGGGUACUGCAGUUCCGCCUAUCUGGCCAGGAUUACUAUGAGAUCAUGCUUACUCGACCUCUAUUUCUCAUGCUUGAUUCUUUACUUGACGACCGAACACAAUUGUUCAUGGCUGUCAAGACCUGGCUUAACAAUAUGCUAGGCAUCGAGAAACUGUUCUUAGUAUUUGUCACAAAAUUCUCGCAAUUGCAAUUCCUGCGUAGCCUGCCGAAAACUGCAAGCCCCGAGGCUUCGAAACAAUCGAUAGCAUUCUCAACAGAGGACGACCUGGACAUGGGUCUCUACUAUCUGCGCACUUUAUCCAAUAUGUUCCGCUGGGCACCUGAUGCGUUUUUUGGUGUAUUAGCGACAAGAAUGCUCGAUGACCCAGGAACACAACUCUCGGAGAUCACCGGAACCGAGGGUGACAUAUCAAUCCAAGAGUUCUUCCUUCAAGUUUGUCUGAGAUGCAUAGCUGGGAACAAGUUCCCAGAAGACAGACAAAUGCAGUUGCGUAUCGCGCAACUUCACAGAUGCGCCCUAACCCUUCUUCACCAAAUAUUGCUAAAUCCAUACGCAGAGUCACUAUCCAACCUGCAUUUGGAGAAUGUACUGAUUGACCGGUUGCAUCAAUCCCUCAACAGCCCGGAUCCAUACAUUCAAGUGCUUCUUUUAGAUGUCGUCUUUGCUGCACUCAAGUUGAGGGACGUGUCACCUAACGAGCUUCCAUCGUCUCCGACAGGAGAGAAACGGGCGCUGAAUCACCCCAAUGGCAGUCUCCGCUUAUCGUCCACCAAUAUUGAGAAUGUCGCAGAAAUCACAGCACCACCGCCAUCUCUGCUCAAAUGCAUACAGGAUGGCUUGAGCUCGGUCAACAGCCGCCCGGUACUAGACAGCUGGGUAGGGUUUUUGACCGAAUGUCUUCCUUUAUACUACAACACCAUUUUCCAAGUGUUGAUCCCACUUGUUGAGACUUUGUGUGGACAAGUUCGAAAUACCUUUGAAGAUCUGCAGAGGAUCUUCAGGCAGAAUGCAAAGACUACGGUGGGCUUGAACGCCCCAGAAUCUACACUAAUCUCUUUGCUCAAUGCACUCGAACAAGUCCUUGCGAAGGCUCAUGAUCAGCUAUUGGCUGAAGAGGCUAGAGCCCAAGUCGUCAAGAGCCCUGAUCAACAGUCGCAAGGUUUCUUCGGGAACAUGGUAUCCGGAGUCUUCAAUUCAGAAGCCCCUCAGUCACGGAGCGCCACCGCGAACGACAGACUUACAGUAUUACUCGCAUUUCAGGAUGCGGUCCGCAUAUGUUUCAGAAUCUGGUCAUGGGGCCAAGGAAGUGAAGCUGCAACGUUGGAUAGCAGCUCAUCCUUGUCAUUUAACUACACAUCUUUACGCAUGAGAAACCGUGCUAGGCGCCUCCUGGAACAUGUCUUUGCAGCUGAGGCGCUCGAAUGCCUGGAGACUGUCGUUGACAUAUGGCGAACAUCCCUGGGCAGUUCUGAUACGACAAAACAAUCCGAGGUAUUUAACCUCCUGCCUGCUCUUGACGGUUCUCGUCCACGGCACACUAUACCGGCAAUAUUCAACGCCAUCUAUAGCCGGACGAACCCGAACGCCCUUGAUCCCUCGAGAAAAUCUACUUUGACAAUAUCACUGCAAGACACGGACUUGGUCAUAUUCCUCGUUGACUACGCCCGAUCGCUAGAAGAUGAUGCUAUGGAUGAGAUCUGGCAGGACUGUAUGACAUUUCUCAGAGAUUUGCUCGGCAAUCCUUUCCCUCAUCGGCAAACGCUUCCCAGCUUGUUAGAAUUUGCCGCCAUCUUGGGCGAGAAGGUAGAUAACACAAACUUCGGGGAGCAGCGGAAAAUGCGGAGGGAACUAGGUGAUUUGUUCCUCCGGCUCUUGACUGCUAUCUUCACCACGCGUCCAACAGCUUUCUCAGAAGGGAAUUCGACAUCGCCCACAGAGAAGCCAAAGUCCGUGGAGCGACGAACACAAUCACCCCCGGAAAGAGCCGAUGAUGUAGUCGGCAUAUUAUCGGUCAUUGUGCCCAAUCUUCCAAAGAUUCUGGUGGAGUCCGAGAGAGUUCUCACCGCCGCGGGCGCCAUCUCGACAAAUGUUAUUGGACCAUCAAUACGCUCUAAAGGCUUUCCCGAGACCAUUUCAAAGGGCACACUGACGCUUUUGCAAGAACUCACACGCCUGCCAAACAAUCAAAAGACCUGGAAAAAGGACAUCGGAGACGCUUUCAAUGAUGCAAAGUUCUUCGGCUCUUCCAUGCCACUUGUUCAGAGUCAUUGGUUACCGUUGCUCAAGCAAUGGACCGUUGCAGACAAAGAUCGCAUGGUCGAAAUCUUGAGCCGUAUCACACCUCCUACCACGGCAGGUAUUGUGUUUGGCGUAGGCGCUACGUCUGCACGGUUGGAGGCGGACCGCAAGACUCAACUCAACUUGCGUCGCGCGGCAACGCUGAUUCUUGCUUCGCCGGUCGAUGCCUUUGUAGCAGACCUUUCAACCAUCACCGAACGUCUUGUUGAGCUACUUGCUGCCACAUCAACUUCCUCGCCUUCCUCCACCACGCGGGCCGAGAUUUAUAUGGUCGUGCGAGCCCUAGUUCUUCGUACCUCCGCGAUCCACCUUUCGCCGCUAUGGCCCAUCAUCAACUCCGAAUUACAUGCAGCCAUUUCUUCCAUCGCCACUUCUGACAGCAAUUCUUUAGGGGAUACGUUUAACAACACAUCAAUCCUCCAGGCCUGCAAACUUCUAGACCUCCUUAUUUGUGUGGCCCCGGACGAUUUCCAGCUACAUGAGUGGCUAUUCGUCACUGACACCAUCGAUGCAAUAUAUCGCUCGCCUUCUUACCAACCAGUUGCACUGGUUGACGAACUUUCAGAAGAGCUCGGUAACAGUUCAUUGGCAAAUAAUUCAGCACUUCAGACAGAAAGCGCAGCUAUAAUGGCAGCGUCAGGUUCCAAUCGACGACCGCUUCUCGGGCCAGGCGGCAUUCCCGAUGAAUUUGGAAGUGACCGCAGGGAUGAGCUAGUAGCUAAAAUCUUGAGACCUUUCUUUGGACAGCUAAGCAUCUUUGCUUUCGAGAGCAGGUAUACUAUGGGUCCAGUUGACGAGGAAACCGCACUGUUAGGAUUGUUGAAGGACAUAUUUGACGAGAAGAGCAUCGUAAAAGCUUUGUAG